AUGCGUAACAUAGCAUACUCAGUUGUGAUUUGGUGUAGAUGCUUUACUGUGAUCAUGUCGUUUUGGCAAAAAGGCGGACGGAUCUGGAAGUACCUUUGUAAUAGUAACGGAUCCCUGUGCUAUUUCUUAUUGUCUUCGGUUGUUUCAAUAUUAAAUUUAUUGGAAACUAAAUACUCCCACACACUCCGCUACAUUUUUGAUGUAUACUAUACCAAAAAACACGAGUGGAUCAAAGUUAAUGGUGAUGUUGGAAUUGUAGGAAUUUCUAAAUAUGCUGAACAGAAACUGGGUGACAUAGUGUACGUUGAGUUACCUACUAUUGGAGACAAGAUCAAUGUCGAUGAUCAAUGUGCCGUUGUCGAAUCAGUCAAAGCUGUUAGCGAAGUAUACUCUCCAGUGUCAGGUACCGUAAUCGAAGUCAAUCCAGAUGUUGAAAAAAAUACAAAAAUAAUCAAUCAGUCCCCUUUAGAUGAAGGCUGGCUUUUCAAGCUUCGUCUUUCAGACUUAUCACAAGUCAAGGACCUUUUAUCUGAAGAAAAUUAUGAUAAAUUUUUGACCUCUGAAUCUUGA